GGAGAUUCCGGAAGACCUGGACCACAAGCUGCCGCAGCUAGUCCAAGUCCACCACCGCGUGGUGAUACUUGCAAAGCUGAUAUGAUCCUCCUAGAGGUUCCAGUCAGGAACCUCUUCGCACGGUGGAGCCGGAAAGCACAGUACGAAGCUAAAAACGCGCGCGACGGGAUAUCAAAAGGAAAAAUCCCCCCUCCCCACAUCUUCAAAACGAUAUUUCUGAUGCUGGAUUUGCGUACACAAAUCAGAUUUGUAUUGCAUUAGAGAACUGCAGGCCCAUAUCGUGCCAGAGUGGAGAGGUUUUGGCCUAGGCAAUUAGCAUGAGAAGCGUCUAUGCUGUAGGCCCAAGAGCAUUACAAACCGCCUGCAUAACGGGGCGGAGCCUGUGACGUUGCUUUCUUGCAAGACAGACGCGAUCUGUGGUCACAAAUCAGCACUGCAAAUUUUUUGAGACUUGCCUGUUCGAUAUGGGGAGGGGGGAUUUUUCAUUUUGAUACGGGACGACCGUCAAACGACCCGAUUCGCCGUCCUUCCUGUGGCCGGCACUUUGCGCAAGGCGCAGCGGAUUUUUUGACCAGAAACUGGUGCUGGCUUUUUUGACGGAAGGGGAAGAAGAAGGAUCACCAGCAAGUGAGGAAAAGAAGCAGCAGCUCACUAUCGCUUUGCGAGCAGACAGCGCUGCGCUGAAAGCCGACGAAAGGCAAGCCUUAACCGAAAUGUUAAAACAAGUCCAGAAUGUGUCCCUUUUGCUACCACGUGUGCAAGGCCGCGUGUGGAAUGCGGCGGAACUGCAAGUACUUUUAAAAACAAGCAGCAAGAACGGCUCGGAGCUCGUGGCGCCAAGGACGUGGUCGGCCGCGAGAAUUAUGGAGGACCAUGAGCAUGAUCAACGGCAGGUGGGGGAACAACCGGAACCGUCAAAAAUUUUACUAAAUCACUUUCUCGACCUCGCAGAAACGGAGCAACAUGCUUAUCUUUUGAUCACACACCCGGUCGUCGAGGGCGUUUGGUCGGUGGAAGAGGAAGAGCAGGGACGGGAGGUGGAACACACACGAAAACUACACGACCACCUGCACGACGACCUCCGCAGCGGAGGUUUGAUACAAAGAGAAGUGAAGGCCAGGGUGGUGUCUAGGAAACUGUGGCUGUACGGAAUGCCGUUUCGACUGGUUUUUCCAUUAUCAAAUGCAAAAAUGUCUGGGUCUGGAAGAGUGCAUGUUUGUCAUGCUUGUCUGGGAUGAGUCUUAAAUCUGUCAUGCACGUUACCAAAGAGCCCAGUUGUUCUGUCAUGCAGAAACGCAGUUUGUCAUGCAGAAAAGGCAACACCUAGAAGCUCAGAAAGUUGUCAUGCUGCGCCAGCAUUUGUGGCCUCCUCCUGAUACGCCACUCAGCAUCACAAGUUUCCAGACCCAGACAUUUUUGCAUUUGAUAUCCAUCUAAUGAGAGCAAUCAGCUCGUGUACAAUAAAAUUCCGAAGCUAGAACGCAUCUGGGCCGGCGAGGAGGACGAGGGGUAAUAAAUACGGCGAAAAUUCAGAACGUUGGCAUGUACUAUCGAGAUACACGUAGUUACAGUUCUUAGUUACAGUACUUGAUAAGUACUGGUAUCGUGAUGUUGAGCAGGAACCUAAUUAAACAAGGAGAAUUUCAAUUUGUUGUCUGAAUUCAGAAUUAAAAGUCGCCACGACGGAGGUGAUGUAGAUAUGGAAGUGGAAGUGGGCUUUAUUGCUACCAAGUAGUAUCUGCAGCGCAUCCACCUUGCAAAUCGCCUUCACAGCAAGUCGUGGCCGGCGCGCAUAUGAAAAUUAGGAAGUUAUCUUUAUUUUCACUGUCCUCCAUCAAGAAUUCGCAGAAAAGGAUGGCCAAAUAAUCAGGCAGUGCAGCAGUGAGUAUAUGCUAGGAAGCGAGAUGGCUUACUUAUAUUUUAAGUUUCGCUUGACCAGAAAGGUUCGGAACUUCGACAAAAGAUAACUACGCAUCUAGCACAUUUAGAAAGUAGAAAACUAGAUUCUAGUUUUUAGCUGCUUGUACUUGUCAUUUUUAACAUAAGGAUCAACGACUUCUUUGUCGCACUCUCAGGUGCGAGUGCGAAAAUUUCGGGGAGAAAAACGCGGUUCUGAAGUAUCGCAAUUUAUUUCUUGGAAUUUUAGAAGAGAUCGAGGCCGCGCUGUGGAAUUUUAUUCUUGUUUUGAGGAGUUGUCCACUAGAGAUGAAGAUGUGUGCAUGAGUAGUGGUUUACCUAUAUUUAGUACGACGGAGGGCGACCUUGUUGGCGUUUUCUUUUCACUGCUUUCGAAAACUUUUAAGUAGCUGUAUUUUCAAGGAUUUUAUUCAUUUUGUGUCUGUUUCGAUCUCUUGCAAAAAUUAAAAAGUUGUAGCACUAGGACAACGCUCGGCCAGAAGAUCUUUGAAGGGGCCUGCUAGAACGUUUGGCACGCCGCUCGACGGAGAGGGAUGGAAAUUGAAAUUUUCAGAAACUCUCCGCAAAGAAGAUCUUUAUCUGGAGAAGGGCCAGCGUUAUCACGACCACCGCCGGUGGCUAUGUACUGACGACCGGAAGAACUACAUGUUGACUUUCAAAGAUUUCAGGAUCGACCUGAAGGCUUCAUGUAGUUCUAUGCUCCAUGCAAAAUUUUAGUAAGCUAAAAAAACGAUUUUUUCAGGUUAAGCUGAGGCGAGGUUUAUUUCUUUUUCGUUUUUUAUCACCAGCUCGAAGAACAACUUAGCGCACCAAAAACUACCAAAGGCUUCGUUUCUUAUUUGUCACUGUGUGUUCUUGCAACACAGUGCAAAAGCCGGAAGCUGCGUCGUUCUACAUCAAAACGAACCACCACAAAAGCAAAAAAAAAAAGAACGCAACAAGCAUGUUCAUGUUGGUCAAAGACUUGUAGUUACAUAACUAGUAUACCUGCGGGAUGAAUCGAGUUUCGUACUAGGCAAAGCGAAGUGCGAGGCUGUGGCUCUUGCAGUCAUGAUCCUGGUCAUGUGCUGGCCCUCGGCUAUAAAC